AUGUGGCACACACAUGCUCAUGUUCAUUCAUUUCACAUCCCACAGGUCGUGCAAGGCGGUGGUGCGCAGCGCAAUGUGGCAGCCAUGGAAUCGGACUUCGCCUUGCUGCAUAAAACCAUUUCCACCACCGCCACCACCACUCCCGCCGCCGACGCCAAGCGCAAGCGCAAGAAAGCGCUAUAUGCACUGGGCAGCCAAGUCAAAUACCUGAUCGUUGAGAGGAGCAGGGAGUGCCUACAUGAUGCAUCUUGCAUUCCUGUAGUAGGCGAGGAAGAGUACGCAGCAGCACUGGCAACGGUGGCAGUGAUAGAAGAGCUCUCGUCGUCCCAUGACCUCCUCACUCUCUUCCUUGACGCACGUCGAGCAUGUCUGCGCUCCCAGGUGUGUGCGUGUCUCCUCUUUGUAUGCCGGGCAAUGAAAGAGGGUGCGAGAGGGGGAGAAGGGAGAGUGGGGAAGUAUGCAACAGUGCUGGCAGCGGUGGCAGUGAUGGAAGAGCUCUUGUCACACGACCUCCUCGCUCUCUUCCGCGAUGCCCGUGAAGCGUGCCUGCGCUCCCAUGGAGAGUACGCAGCAGCGCUGGCAGCGGUGGUAGUGAUGGAAGAGCUCUCGUUGCGCAGCCUGCUUGCUCUUUUCCUCGAUGCCCGUGGAGCAUGCAUGCGCUCCCAGGUGUGUGCAUGUCUCCUCUUUGUGCGUGCGGCAAUGAAAGAGGGUGCAAGAGGUGGAGAAGGGAGGGUGGGGGAGUGUGCAGCAGCAAUGGCAGCGAUGGCAGUUAUGGAAGAGCUCUCCUCGCAUGAGCACUGUUGGAGAAGCUGCAGGAGGAGCUGGAGCCUAUUGACAGAGCCGCGUGAGUCGCAUUCAUUCCCUCCCAUUUCCCAUACUGCAUAA